UACGGGCGCAGUCCCUGCCGGGUGGGCGGGCCGGCCGGCGCCGGGAGAUGGUUAGCGUCGUGUCGGAGCCCUGCUGUCGUGGAGUCCGGGCGUAAGCUGUGCGAGCGUGCUUCGCCAGGCCAGCAGUCCCUGCCGCGCUCAGCCCUUAAACCAUAACUGAAGAAAAAUGAUGGAAGAGAGCGGAAUAGAGACCACCCCGCCCGGGACUCCUCCUCCACAUCCUGCAGGACCAGCCGCGGCUGCUGUGUCUUCAACCCCCCUUCCUUCAGCUGCAACCGGUUCCUUUUCUUCUCCAAAUGUGUCCUCCAUACAACCCUUGCCGCCGCACGUGUAUGCCACCCCCCAGCCGCCCCUCCCUCCCGUGAGGCCCUCUGCACCCUUGGUGCCGCCUUCACCCGUCCCUUCUGUCCCAGCGCUUGCUGCCUCCGUGCCACCUCCGGGUUCGCCAGCACCUGCUGCCGCCUUCACUACCCCUCCUCUGUCCCACUUCCCUCCUCCAUCUUCUGCCCCAAACACGCUCUUACCUGCACCCUCUUCUGGUCCUCCCACAUCGGGGUUUUCUGUUGGGGCGGCUUAUGACAUUACAAGGGGACAUGCGGGAAGAGCUCCCCAGACACCCCUGAUGCCGUCGUUCUCUGCACCUCCCGUCACAGGUAUUUUGCCGACUCCCAUUACUCAGCAAGCCAGUUUGUCAUCUCUGGCACAGGGACCUGGAACCACAUCAGCCAUUACUUUUCCAGAGGAACAAGAAGAUCCCAGAGUUGGUAGAGGUCAGGAUGAAGCAUCUGCUGGCGGACUCUGGGGUUUUAUUAAGGGUGUGGCCGGAAAUCCCAUGGUGAAAUCUGUGCUUGACAAAACAAAACAUUCGGUAGAAAGUAUGAUUACGACGUUGGACCCUGGCAUGGCUCCGUAUAUCAAAUCUGGAGGUGAACUGGAUAUCGUAGUGACCUCGAAUAAAGAAGUGAAAGUUGCCGCCGUCCGAGAUGCCUUCCAGGAGGUCUUUGGCUUAGCUGUGGUGAUAGGGGAAGCUGGACAGUCCAAUAUUGCCCCACAGCCGGUCGGGUAUGCAGCUGGGUUAAAAGGUGCCCAGGAACGGAUAGAUAGUUUGCGUCGAACUGGAGUGAUCCAUGAAAAACAGAUUGCUGUGUCAGUAGAAAACUUCAUCGCAGAAUUGCUACCUGACAAGUGGUUUGACAUUGGCUGUUUGAUAGUUGAAGAUCCUGCCCAUGGCAUUCACCUUGAAACGUUUACCCAGGCCACACCAGUGCCUUUGGAAUUUGUACAACAGGCUCAAAGUCUCACUCCCCAAGACUACCAUCUGAGGUGGUCAGGCCUUUUGGUGACGGUGGGUGAAGUUCUGGAAAAGAGCUUAGUAAAUGUCACCCGGACUGACUGGCACAGGACGUUCACCGGCAUGUCUCGGCGACAGAUGAUCUACAGUGCGGCCAAAGCCCUUGCCGGCAUGUAUAGACAGCGCCUGCCCCCCAGGACCGUGUGAGGGAACGCUCGCCCCGGGGACGGAGACUCCUUCGCUUGGGGCCUGGCGGUAUUUAGACCUUGUACCUCCCCUAAGUGGACAGCUUCAGUGAACGCAGCCGUCUUGAUAGUUUGCCUGUGCGCUGCGGUUGUUCUUUUUUAGAAAGGCAUGGGGUCAUUCCAGUAGAUGAAAAGAAACAGAUCCUUUCUUUGAUCGUGUCAUUUCGUGUACCACAGUUCUUAAAAAAGAAAAUCUAUAAAUAUUUUUAUAAGAUACUUUGAUAUACCAAAUUUAUAAGGUGCAAAUUCAUGUGCCUGCUACAUUUAACUUAAUGAUAUGUACUUGAUUUUUUUCGUUAAGAAGACUUAACUCAUUAAAGAACUUGUCAUUGCUUAUUCUAUUUCAAGAUUAAUCUCUUCCUUCUUAGUUUUUGAUGCUUCUUGUGUGUGCAGGUGAUCUCAGGUCAGACGCUGAGCCAUGUGCUCAUAGUUGACCCUCAGACACCUUCUUGCAGGGAGAUGGUUUGCAUUUCUGUGCAUAUUUUUUACAUGGGCCAAAAUAAUGAAAUUGAUAAUUUUGUUGGUGUUAUCAUGUACACACAUACAUAGUCUAAAAAAGGAAAGAUUUUUUUCAAAGUAAGUUUUGGCAUUUCACAGAUUUAUACUCUCAAACGUUGGCGUGAUGGGUUUUGUUUGCCGUGGCUGUGGGACAACUAAGCGGCACAUGAUUCAAGUGUAUUUUACAUCAGAAACAUUUGGGUUAUUUUCAUGUAAUACUAUUCAGUAUUUCCAAGUAAACUCUGAUGUUGGCCAUUAUUUCUCUUUCUACUCGUGUUUUCUCAGCCGUUGUAGAGAAAUUGUUCAGAGGAAUUGCUUUGUUAUUUAUGGGAUUGUACGCCUUUUAUUUUAAUUAAGGUUACUUAAUAUUUAGUUUGCCUUAAACACUGCUUUUCUAACCUGGUGCCAUUCUGCCUUUACUCUUUAUGGAAGUUUUCAGUGAAACUAUUUAAUACUCAUUCUGGUUUAUCUACUUCAUUGUGUUUGUAUUUAGUGAAAGCUUCUUUUUCCCCCAAAUAAUAUAUUUUACCGUUUUUGAAUUUCUAUAAAUCAAAAUUUAAAUAGUUUUGUCUUAUACUUUUGGACUCUAUAUAUGCAAGUUCAUAUAACUUUUUUGAAGACAGUUUCUUACCUAAGUGUAACUUAAUUUUUAUUUACUCGUCUAUACAAGUCUUUAGAUGGACCAGAAUUAGCACAAUCUUCUAAAGGGUAUCAAAGCUCUUACCCUGUACUGUCAUUACAUGUACCGGUUUCUUUGUAUUGUUUUGAGUACUUAAUUGAUCCGUGCUAUUUUUUACCUGAGGAUGAGAAGCAUUAAUUUCACAACUGUGGUUUGGUGAAAUUCAGACUUGUUUGUCAUUAAAAGUAAUGAGAGAGAGAAAAGACUUGUAACCAGCUGCUGUGGCAUAAUAGGGAUCGAAUACUUUUCUCUCCUCUUUUAUUGCUAUUUGUGGAACAGUCUGUUUCCUCCAUCUCGUUAAUAAAAAAGAGCUUUUCUCUACCA